AUGAUCAAGAAAAAUGUGCCAUUCUCAUGGGGUCUAGCCCAAGAUGCAGCAUUUGAAGCAAUGAAGAAGCGUUUGACACAAGCGCCGGUGCUAGCUCUACUAGACUUAGAAGAAAUGUUUGAAGUAGAGUGUGAUGCAUCAGAAGUGGGAAUUGGAGCUGUGUUACAUCAGAGAAAGAGACCGGAAUUCAUCAUCCAUAUCGAUCACAAGACUUUGAAGCAGUUGAGAGGACAGACCACACUUAAGAGACGCCAUGCUAAGUGGGUGGAGUUUAUAGAGACCUUUCCCUAUGUGAUCAAGUACAAGAAGGGCCAAGAAAAUGUAGUGGCAUAUGCACACUCUAGAAGACAUGUAUUGAUCUCUACCGUGGAAGCAAAGGUGCUCGGGUUUGAGCACAUCAAUGAGCUCUACAAAGAUGAUCCAGAGUUCGGAGAAGCUUAUUCAGCAUGCCAGGAGCUUUUACUUGCAUGA